AUAAAAACUGAAAAAACUGUCCCCUAUAAAUAACCAACAACUCCACAUUAUAAAGAAAGAAAAAAACUCAGCUUUCAAAAGCCUAGGGAGAGAGCUAAAUUAAAGGACAACACACUAAAAUAGAAAAGAGAGAGAAACUGAAGCAGAAGGAAGGGAAGAAAAGGGUUUCAAGAUUUUGUCAGAUCAAGCUAGAAAAAAAAAAAAAACCUGUAAGUGAAUCAAAGUUCUUAUCCUUUUUUUUUGUUUUUUUUUUGUUUUGGGUUUUUUUCUGUUCAUUUUUUUGUUGGUUUUUAACAUAAGCAAUGUGGUUUGAUCUGUUUAACUGAGUUUCCUUGUUGCUGUCAUUUUCAAGUGUAAUGGGGAGGGAACUCAGAGGUGUUCAAGUGGACAAUAAGCCAAACGGCUUAGUGAAAUCAAAUGGUGCGGUGAAUAAGAAGUCAAGUCCCCCAGCAUUGAAAUCCCCUGGUGCUGGAAAUACUCAAGCACACCUCACUUUCUCCAAAACUGCUGCAAAUGGCAUCGCAAAUGGUGACUCUCCACCUUUCCCUAUCAAGGAUUCUGAGACAAACUCUCCAAAGACUCCUUUGAUAUCAAGAAAGCAUACUGAUGAAGAAGAUAAUUGGUCUGUCGCUUCCUCUACUGCUGCAUCUGUACGAACUGCUAGAUCGAGGGUAACUAUUGGGACUGCUCCAACUUUUAGAAGUGCUGAACGAGCUGAGAAACGGAGGGAGUUUCACCAAAAGUUGGAGGAAAAACACCAAGCUCUGGAGGCCGAGAGAAGCCAGUAUGAGGCCAGGCUCAGGGAAGAGCAAGAGGCGGCCAUUAAGCAGCUUCGAAAGGGCCUGUUUGUCAAAGCAAACCCGGUACCUAGUUUCUACUACGAAGGACCUCCACCAAAGGUUGAACUGAAGAAGCUGCCAUUGACUCGGCCAAAGUCACCAAAUCUUACCCGGAGAAAGAGUUGUAGUGACGUAGUCCACUCAACCGAGGAUGAAAAGGCAAAAAGUUGCUGCCGGGCUCACCGCCACAGCUUUGGUAACCUUAGGGAACGGUCCACUACUGUAAACGAGGAGAAAAACAAGGGUCAGGUGAGUGGAGAGAGAGGUGGCAAGUUGAAAAAUAGAGCAAAGCAGGUAAAAGAUGUGACGAAAUCCUCGCCGGCUAAACUCACGGAGCAGCAUAGUAAUGCUAACAUUUCGGUUCAAUCAUGAACAUGUGGUCAUUCACUAACUCAUAAACAGGGAAGAUGGGCUUGGAUUUCCCUAGUUCAAUAUGAAUGUCCUGAAAGGAAUUAGCGUGUUUUCUUGUCAGCAGAAAUGACUUGUGUUCCUUUCUCUUUUUGUAAUUUAAUUUGUUUUUCACUAUAUUUGAAAGUGGUUUGUGGUAACGUGAAAUGUAUAUGUUCUGUAAGUUAUAUGGUUACAUAUAUAAUCUUGUGAUAUAUGAAAGAGAGAUUGAUUCUAA